AUGUCCAUAUUGUCAGCGUUUCCAAUGCCAGCUAAAACUCUCCAUGUAGCUACUUCCCAUGGACAGUACAUAUGGUCCUGCCAUACAGUACAACACGGGUCCUGGAGUUCUUCCUAAUCUGCCCUCCGUUACUAGAGGAAGUGACGUCAGCAGCGAAUGACAGCUUUCACGGUGAAGGAAAAAUCCGACAGCGGAGUGAAGCUACGUACGAUAGAGGAGAAGUCUAUCAACAAAAUCCGUCUUCAUCCUUUUUUUGACAACCACUAAUGACUUCAAAAUUACAAGGAACAUAAACUACGCGUUUCGCACUAUCGGAUGAUAUAGAUAUUACCUGCUUUCGAUUUUCAGAGAGCUAGGAAAGGGAUGGUGAAAAUUGUAUUGUUACGGAAGAAUUGGGAUUCCGGGGGAAGGGGGAGUGUGAAUUAGGAGGGGGUUUGUGAAGCUGUUGAGGAAAAAGGAAUAUUGUGUAGGUGACCGGAUUCAACGGUUGAUACUCGAACAUUUAGGAGAAGAAACGUUAACCGUAAAGGUAGGAACGACGCAACAGACUUUAGGUUAGAUAACGGUAACGGCGAAAUGGAGCUGAGAGUGGGGAACAGAUACAGACUGGGCAGAAAAAUCGGUAGUGGAUCUUUCGGAGACAUCUAUUUAGGUGAGUACGAAUUGUGAAAACCAACUAACUGAAACGUUCACCACCUAAAUGUAACCUGCUAUGUAUUACUAAGCUGUACUAACCGAAAUACACGACAGUCAGAUUGGACUGACUAAAGGUCUUAUCUGUUAGGUUGUUGUUAACGAUACUUUUCUCUUACAUCUGUUUUGUUAAGUGACAUAUUCAGCUGAAAACUGUCUUCUUGGAUAAAUAAACAAAGACAUUCAAGAGGAAAUACAUCCGCUAUUUAAUGGCAGUGCAAACAAUACAGCUGCACUUUUUUUUCAGCUUGUUAACUGACAGAUUACAUAACAAUACACUUGCCAGAUAUUGGCCAACAGUUUUAUUGUACUUUUGAAACGACUGAUCCCAAAUCAUUAGAUAUUAAUAGCUGUCAUGGCAGUCGUUGAAAUUGGUAGCCAGCUUCGUAAAGGACUAGCCUGGACUAGCUUGACUCCUGCUGUCCGUGAGCUAAUUCCAGGUUAGGAGAUGGCACUAGCCUGUCAGCUAAUGUUAGCCAAGUCUGUGCUGUCCUCAGACCUGAUGGACAGAAGCUAGUGCACCUACAGGAAGGACACUGAUUACAUUGAUUCCCUUGACUGUAACUGACCAGCUUAUCUGUGUGCUUUGCGUAGUACUUCAUGUGCAGAGUGUUGGCCCCUUCUAAAAUUUACAUAACAUAAUGUAUGGAGAAAGAUGUAAACCAUACAUGCUUGACACUAGGGCUGGGUGAUACGUGAAAAAGUUUAUCAAGAUAUAUUUUUUUCACAUCAGUUAAUAUUGAUAUAUAUAACGAUAUAAAAAAGAAAUUCAACAGUGCGUAUUGGUUGCAUGUCUUGCUGUGAGGUCUUUGUGUCUCUUUGACGUUUUGUUGUAAGGCGUUGCGCUAGAGAAAGCAAACUGAAUGGUAGGCUCUUUUCAGUGUUAAAGUGCUAUGAUUGCGUGUAGCUGCGGCCUGCUGUUACGCAGUUGUUUGCUACUUGGUUCUAAUUCAGCGCAUGAUUGGUUCAGUGCGAAACUCCCCUUUUCAUUGGCUAUGUAGUCUACCAAAACAUUGCAGAAUGCAGGCCAUUGAAAAGCAUAUUGACCAUGUUUUAUAUUGAUAGCGAGGGAAAUUAAUUUAUCGUUCUAUCGCCCAGCCCUACUUGACAUCAUCUGCAGAACCCCAGCUGAUGGGUAAUGUCCAUUGCUGUGUCCGAAAUGGAUCCCUAACCCCUAUAUAGGCGACUAUAUGGGGGUUAGCGCCAUUUUGAGGGGUGUCUGAAACCUUAGUGAUCAAUUCUAAUGCCCCAUAUAGGUGACUCAAAAUUUCCCAUAAAGCAUUUCAAAAUGUAGCGACCAUCCGAUGGUCACUCACCGGUGGUGGGCAUCGCGUCAUGCAUUGCAUCUCCAGCAGCAAUGUCACAAUGGUAGUGUCCAAAACCUCCGGUGAUUGAGCUCACGACAUAGUCAGCUAUAUAGUGAAACCCCACAUGGGGGUUAGGGAAUGAGUGAUUCAUUUCGGACACAGCUCAUACUAGAGUUGAACUAUUUUAAGUUCUUGGUUUACAGUUCUUAGCAAUUCUGAUUCCAUUAUUUUUGUAUGGAUAAGAAAUAGACAAAUUAUUGUGGGGACAUGUAGGCUGUCAGCUCUGGUUUGUAAUUUUCCUUCUUUCUAGACGCGAAAAAUACUCUUUUGUACAAGGAUAGAUCAACAAGUAAAAUUACAAACAAAAACUACAAAAACAAACAAACAAAAAGAAAAUACAUAAGAAUAAAACAUGCAUUGUUUUGCAUACCCCAUGCUUGUGAUUCAGCAGUGGCAAAGAUGUUGUGUCCAUCUCUAACAGAGCAUUGCCUCAAUUUCAUACAGUGUUGCUGUAAAUGCUUAUCAUUACAUGUGAAUAAAGGUACCAUGACACGACUAAUUCAAAUAUAAAUCUUAUGUCAAGAUAUGUUAUGCCAAGUCAAGCCACUACAUCCCAGUAAUCGGCUAAUAAUAACAACAUGCUAAGCCCUACUGGACAGCCAACUAUGACUUAAGCUCACAGGGACCAUCAACAAAGAGGCAGCAAAAAUACACAGUACAGUACCCUGUACAUGUUGGUUAUAUUGUAGCUCAAAGUUUGAUAGAAUCAUCUCAUUUAGCUCUCAUGCGAAAUAGCUGUUGAUUUCUAGAGUUAAGACACUCAUCAGGACGUAGCUAUUGACUACAGUAGCCCUAAGCAGACAUGCGUCCAUUAAUUCUAUUUACCAUGUGUUUCUGCUUCACACACUUUGGUCUGGCCUAUCACAGUGGCCAGUUUAUUGUUUUGUUUUGACAUGAGGAAACACGCUGUAUCAUCGAACCAGAUGUUGGAGAAGUUGACCUUGCUUGUGUCUGCCUACAGCGCAUGUGACAAUGGUGUCAAGAUCCUAACAUCAUGUGACCUUUCUGUUCUUGACCAGAGCAGCUGACCAAGCAGACAGGGACAGCAUUCAGUAUGUCAAGACGACCUGCGACAAACAUCAUGAUAGAUUUGCGUGACAUUUAUUGUUGAUUGUAAUUAAACUUAAUCCAUCUCUCACUUCCGAAGAUGCACUCCCUCAGAAGUACUCCUUGUCUGUUGUGUUUCACUAAGAAAUCAAAUGAUAAGAAAGAAACAAAGAAACAAACAAAAACACAGAUUAGUUUGCCUUCGUGGUGUCACUGAGCAGCUUAUUAGAGUAGUUAUGUAAAUAUUGAACCUGAAAUGUGUUUUGUUAUUAAAUGCUUCACAAAUUGAAGAUUCAAUCUUUCAGGAAUUUAUCAAUUUACCAAUCAAUUUCUUUAUUUCCAAAGUGAAAUUUAAAUAAGACUCCAGAGUUGCAAAUAUAUCGCUCUCAGUUCAUGUACCAGCCUCCCAUACUGUCAAAAAUGAUGUACAAGGCGGCUGAGUAAUACACUAGUUCAACUCCAGAAUUUAUCAGCUCUCAAUAAAAUCAAUGAGUUCAUGCGACCUUUCAGGUAAGGUUCAAAAUUAAUGCCAGAUCACGUGUGUUGAGUUUGCAACAUUGGUCUUCUAAGUUUGCAAAAGACAGUCUAUUUCCACAGAUUUUAUGCAUAUUUUUAAUCUUAAUAAGGAAAAAAAUCCCAAUUCUUGAUGCACAUCAAAGACUAUCAGAGUUGCUUUACCUUUGCACUUGAAAUUAAAUUACUUUUGAUCUCUCAACCAUCUUGUUUUUAAUUGUCUCAGUCUGAUAUUCUGCAGUUUACAGGCCUAUGAAGAUUGAUGAGGUCAUGGUUAUGUUCCACUGGGUAGUUCAUAAAUCAUGCUCACAUUAACAAACAUCAUUUCACUCAGAGGAAAUCCAUACUUAGUCUGUCAUGUGUCUGCGACAGGUUUACAACAAUCAUAGUAGUUUGAGAGAUAGAUUAGAAAAAAUACAACUGUGUACAAACUCAAGUGUCCAAAUCCCUUUAAGGUACAGUAUCUGUAUCAUCACUGACUCGUUUAUCUGAAGUGAAAUCAAGAAAAGGUUCUCAGGUAAACAUAAGUUGAAGAAGGGACUUAAAGGGGAUCACUGAUCUGACGACCUGAUUUCCUCAGGCUGAUUAUCAUGUAGCCUUAGUGCGACAGACGUGUGAUUAAUCCUGCCACCAUGAAGGUUAAAGUGUUUUGUUUUGUAGAAGCUGUUUUAAAGAAAUGUUCAUGCACUCAACAUUAUGCUUGCAAUUUUUUCUGCUUUUCUCUGAAUAUCUUACCUUUACAGUAUUAAUGCACCUGCCUUUUUUUGCUCCAAAAUGCACGUUUUCAGUUGUUUACACUAGCAGCAACAACAGGUGCCUUUACUUAAUUCAAUCGUAGAGCUUGGCCUAACUCAACAUGACUUUUUAGUAGCUAUUAGUGCAAGACCAGGCCCUUAUGGCUGCCUUUAAAAGCUAGAAAGAACCUGGCUUAUGUCUUUGUUUUGAUUUGCUGCAGGGUACAGCUCAGCCUGCUUUACCAGUAAAUUAAAGACAACCUGUCUGUCAGUAUCUUGUAGGAAACAAAUGAUGAUGAAGGAGAAAAUGACACAUAUAUACUUUGUUGUAUUCAUUUUUAUGUACCACGACUGCACAGUUGGGUAUUUUUAUUAAGAAAGGAAUAUUAACUUCAGCAGAAGUACCAGCCUUCCCAGCAGUCAACAUCCACAUAUCUGUGUUUGUUAAUCAUCGCUUCAGUUGAGUAAACCAGACAAACAUGCAACUAUCUCCAUUUUCUAAAUCAAAAUAUGCCAAACCGCUAUGCCAUAACAUGCCAUCUGUCAUCUGUGCUUGUUUACACAAGCAAAGUUGUCGUCAUCAGCCUGAGCUACUGCUACUGCUCUGGCUCCUGGCGGGUGGCUGGGCUACAGCUCAAACAAAAUGUGCCCUGCAUCCAGGCCGAGGAAAACAAGAUAUCAGUAACUUAUUAAAACAACCAAUAAAUUUUCUGUUGACCAACUAUAGUCCUCGCAUUUAAUCAUGUAGAUAACUAAACAUGCAAAUUGUCAUCCUGGCAUGUGCAAUAAGGUUGUUGUGUUAUACUGAUACCAGAUAUUUGUAUGUAAUCUGACAACAAUAUGACACUCUAAACAGUUAUCCCCUCUUAUUUUGGGUGAUCAUGACACUAUUUCAUCAUACUGAUGUUCAGAAGCUACAGCCAAGAAUCUAAACUCUAACUUAACAGAAAACAGUCAGAACCGAGCACAGUUAUUUAACACAGCUAAAGAAAGGAUAAAAGAGCCUACAGCUGAACAUUGCCCAAGUGGUUCACCUAACAUGGCUAACAUUAGCAGAUACGAUACGAUGCGAUACGAUACACUUUAGUAUCCCCUUAGGGAAAUUUGUCUUGCACUCCAAGAGCUGCACAGAGAAAGCUGCCAACUGAUGACACAAAGUACAAGACCCAACAAAGACACAGUCACAUAAGCCACCGUAUUGCACAAGAAUCCCACAGAAAAGGUUAAAAGAAACAUACUGCCGAUAAAUAACAAUGACAAAGACUAAGACACAGCAAGGGGAGAUAAGGUAAACAAGAUUAAAAAGGAAAUGAUAAGAUAACACCAUGACAUUAUUGCACAAUCGGCUAUAUUUUCAGGCAACAUUAAGCAGAGCCAGAACCACCUUCUUUUCUUCCUCCUUGCAGUCAACAUUGGCAUGACAUACUGAAGACUCCUUGCUUCAGUUGAGUAGUUACAUGUCAGUUAACCCAAACAGAGCCUAUGCACAACUUAAUCCCCAUUGUAUAGAUCCAAAUAUUGCCAAACUGUCACACUGAGAGAUGCCAUCGGUCAUCUUUACUUGUUUACAUCCAGGAAGUCGAGCAUUAGAGCAUUAUGGCAGAAGGCAAAAACAGAAGCCCUGGCUAGUUGCAGGAGGCUGUGCUGCAUCUUUAAACACACAUAUGGCUAGCAUUUCAUGUCUUCGAUUAUUAGAACAUAAAGAAUUUGUUCCGCUAUAAAAUAAUUGUGGUGUUGACUAAUGACAGUGAUAAAUUAAGUCUUAAGUUGACUAAACAUGUAUCCUUACUCACCAUCUUAUUGUAAAGUAUUACAUCCUGAUAAACCCAAGACCCCCCCCACCCCACCCUUUUUUUUCUUUUCUUUUUUUUUUUUUUUAAAUGAAAGAUUGUUUGGCUGGUGAUUUAUAACUCUGGCAAAUAAAACCGAAGCAAGCAAGAUGCCAUUUCUCGUCCUAAUGAGGAUAAACAGAUUCUCAUUGCGCUAACACUCUGUCCUUUUCCAGGCACUGAUAUUUCUGUCGGAGAGGAGGUCGCCAUUAAGCUGGAAUGCGUGAAGACGAAACACCCCCAGCUCCACAUCGAGAGCAAAAUCUACAAGAUGAUGCAAGGAGGAGGUGAAGUAUCAGCUCACAUGCUCCCCACACUUCUGAUCUUCCUCUCACCUCUUCACAUCCUCCGUUUUUUUUUUCCCUCUCCUUGUGAUUUACUCACCACUCCUGAUACAUAUAUAGUUGCACAACCAUUAUUUUUACACCCAUCGUAUCUGCUCUCAGGUAAUCCUCUGCCUCACUGGUUCUCUCCUUCACCCACCCUUUCCUCCCCCAUGUUAACAUGAUGCAUACAUGGCUCUGGCAGCUAAUAAUCACGAGUCACAUGAAGCUGAGGAAGCGAGACUGACUACACAUUGUAUCAGCUCACGGGGAUGUUGGCAAAGAGGGUUCUGAAUACAUACAGCUGGAAAUGAGUAAACAGCGCAUUUUAAAUUACACAUUAAACAAGCGUUUUAAGACUGUCGCCUUACAGGCAAGCGUGGAAACCAAAUGCUCAUGUCUUCUUACUUCUUAUUUGCAAAACGGAUGUGAAAAAAAUGCUGUCAUUGUUGUUUACUUCCUUCAGAUUCUUCCUCAGCCAGCCUUACUUUGAUUAAAACCAGUAAAAGCUCCAAAAAUGACAUUUUAAAGAUCUGUGUGUCUACCAUUUAAAGUUUAGAACUUAUCGCAGCAGUCGGGUUUAGAUUCAAACCUGGACCCUUCAUUGUAGGUAUUUGUUCUCUCUCUCCUUUUCCAUUUCUUUAUCUGUCUCUUUCUCGAAAUUCUAUCAGAAAGUUUCAUUGCUGCGGUUCUCUCAACGAUUAUUGUGUGUCUAAAUGUUCUGUGUGUAUUCAUGGUUGACAAGACCUAUAGGUCAGUGGAUCUCAAGUCCGGUCCUCGAGGCCCUCUGUCCUGCAUGUUUUGGAUGUUUCCCUACUCCAACACACCUGAUUCAAAUGAUCAGCUCGUUAUCAAGCUUCAUCACACCUGAUUCAAAUGAUGAGCUCGUUAUUAAGCCAUUACAGAGCUUGAUAACGAGCUCAUCAUUUGAAUCAGGUGUGUUGGAGCAGGGAAACAUCCAAAACAUGCAGGACAGUGGGCCUCGAGGACUGGACUUGAGAACCACUGACCUAUAGUAUCAUUUCAUGUAUUUAUUAAUGUUCUACAGAGGGUUUAAGGAGUGGACCAUACAGUGACCACAAAGAUUGUAUUACACUCACAAAGGUUCAGAUUAAAGCUUGUGAAAAUGAAGUGUGUGAUAACUUUUGUUUUUAUCACAGUAGUAUCAGACUGCUGCUCUGUAUCAGGUAUUAGAAAUCUCCAGUUUGAGAGGAAUCUCUGUUGGUCUUGUACAUCUGAAUCACACUGAGAAAACAGUAAACUGUUGUUGUUUUUGUAGCACAUUAACAAGGAAAUACAAAUGUUUGAGAACAAAAACACAACCCCUCCUCUCAGCAUGAAAAAGAGGAACAUGGGGGUACACUGAAAUCAGUGAUGCCACAGCCCCUUCACUCAUAUAUUUUACAUCCCCAGUCAGAUAGCCUGGUUGGAGAACAAUAACAACAAUGGCUGACUAUCACGCUGUGUUUCUGCUUCUGCCUCUUCUUAGUUAUUGCAGCCUCUCCAGACAGAGCAGUUGUUAACUAUAGCCUUCUUGUUUGGACUCACUGCUUUGUUGACGCUUGAUGCACAACAGGCACUUGGUAUUCGUCAGUGUUUUGUCCCUAACUAAGUUAUACUGCCAACUACUGGCCUUCCUUGCAUACUUCAGCAUUGACAGUCGUUUUUCAGGAUCUGCGUGCACAUGGAUUGUUUUCAUAAGGCAUUUUUUUUUUUUCCAAAGAGGCAAAGGACAUAUGUUUUUAUUAAAGUUGUCCUUCUUCUGUAAACCGUGCCUGCAGUUUUGUGGUCCUCUUUUAAUUGAUUGUAAACGCCUUAUUUUUGCAGUUGGCAUCCCGACAAUAAAAUGGUGUGGAGCAGAGGGUGACUACAACGUGAUGGUGAUGGAGCUACUGGGGCCCAGCCUGGAAGAUCUCUUCAACUUCUGCUCCCGCAAGUUCAGCCUUAAGACAGUCCUGCUGCUGGCAGAUCAGAUGGUGAGACCAUCUACUCUUGAAACACACUGCAUCAUACCUUCAGAUCACUGCCCACAGUCCCUGCAUAUCCUCUUUACAGAUUAUGGUACUUCUCCUGCUGUUUAUCAAGAGGCGUCUUCAGAAAAAGGCUAAAAAAAAUAUUUAGUGUGUGACUUUGGGCUUCUCCAUCUCCCUCAGAAAACAUUAAAAACGACUACACUUUAUUUGAAGGAUGAAACCCUUUUAAAAACCUCUCCUAAUAUUCAUCAUACACCUGUUACAUAAAUUAUUUUGGUGUGUAUGUUAAUAUUUUUACAAACAAGUGCACACUCAUGGCCCUGUACUAUUUCUAAAGCAGUAGCUGAAUACAAGCAGGACCGUGCAUGAUUCAUUUGUAGUUUGACAUUACUGGAUUUACUGUGUUGAAGUGCAUGAGUCACAUUGGCAGAAACUAUCAAAACUGUUGUAACCCAGAGUAUGAUCAAUUUCUUUGAUUCAUGCUAGUGACCUCAUUUUUAAUAUACUGGAUGUGGAGGUCUGAUGCUUGAUCUUACUGUAAUAAAACUAAGAAUCAAAAGUAACAUCCCCGACAACAAGCUGCUCAAAGGGAAACCGUUUGAUUGGAAGGGCCGUAUUUAACAUGAGGUAUUGCACUACCAUCUGCAUUUAAGAAGAGAUGUAACGAUGGAUCUCUGUCGCUUGUUCUCUCUCAUCAGGAUGUAUGUAGAUCAUCGUGUGCACAUGAAAGGGGGGCAGAGCUGAUGGCACGCUAGUUUAUUGAUCUUGGAUGGCAGUCAUACAGAUGGGAAAAAUGCAGAAGUGGUCAGCACAUCUGAACACAUCUGAACAGCCUGCCCUACUAUCACCUUUGUCCAGUGUGUAUUUAGAUGUCACUGGCAUUACAGAUUUCCUUUUAAUCUCAACAAGUCACUGCAUAAAAAUCAGGAGAGACAAAAGCUAAGAUGACAGUAAAAUGAAGGUGUUAGCUCUGUAAGUGCGUACAAUUCUUUAAAAAGUGUAAACAGAAUAACAAGGCCAUUUCUAAUCCACCAAGACCCCUGAGAGUCCAGUAUAGGCAGAACUACCUGUGUAUAAACUGUAUCAGAACUAAAUGUCCUCUUGAAAAUCAGAGUUUUCUUCCAGUUUACUUAGAUCCACUAGAGGUGUCCCGAUACGAUGUUGAUAUCUGAUAUCGGUCCGAUAUUGACAAAAAAUCAGAUAACGGAUUAUUUCGGCCUGCAUCUAAAAUCUCCGAUAUCAGUACAAGCAGUCUAUUCCACACUCCACUCCAGCACCUCUAUCAAGCAGCACCCGGAUCCAGCAUGUAGAGCCCAUGUGAUCACAACAACAGUGUGAACGAAGGUACUAACAAGUAGCAAGGAGUAGGAGUGAUGUCGGGCCUGUGGUAGUAUUUUCAUUAAAGUUCAAAAAAGACAUCGCAGCUGAGUGAAAACUUGUAAUGCACAAGUUUGUGCUAAUAUCUGAUCAAUAUCGGACAAAACUGAAGGCUACAACAUCAGUAUUGUAUCAAAGAUAAAAAAAAAAGUUGUAUCAGGACACCCCUAAGAUCUACAUUAUCUUUUUGAACAACUGGGCUCUGUUUUUACAAACAGAACUUCUGAAACAAACUUUUAAUAAUAAAGACAAAAGAAAGAUACUGAAAAGAACAUACAGUCGAGUAUGUGAGACAAGUAAGUGAUUAGUUCUGAUUAACAAGAUGAAAUUAAGUCAGUGAAAUUGAUUUGCGCUCAUCCCCCCCGAAAAUGUGAUUUAACUUGAGUGUACAGACGGAUGUUCCUGACACUACCAUCGUGUACUGAUCCGAUUUGUGCGCUCCUUUCCUCUCCAGAUCAGUCGCAUUGAGUACAUCCACUCCAAGAACUUCAUCCACAGAGAUGUGAAGCCUGAUAACUUCCUGAUGGGACUGGGCAAAAAGGGCAACCUGGUCUACAUCAUCGACUUUGGACUGGCCAAGAAGUACCGGGACGCUCGCACACACCAGCACAUCCCGUACCGCGAGAACAAGAAUCUGACCGGCACAGCGCGCUACGCCUCCAUCAACACUCAUCUGGGGAUAGGUAAAAAAAAAAAAAAGAAAAAAUGAUGUAGACGUAACUGUGUCUCUUCAACAUUAGGUUUGAAUCUGUGUUGUGGUUAUAGCCUCUUUUCUUACCCUUGUUUGUUUUCAUUUUUACAGAGCAGUCCAGGCGAGAUGACCUGGAGUCGUUGGGCUAUGUUCUCAUGUAUUUUAACCUGGGAUCACUGCCUUGGCAAGGCCUUAAGGCUGCCACCAAGAGGCAGAAGUAUGAACGCAUCAGUGAGAAGAAAAUGUCCACCCCCAUCGAGGUGCUUUGCAAGGGAUAUCCCUGUAAGUCUCGGAUCAAUUUUUUCCUUUUUAAAGGAUUUCAAAAUAUUAAUCUGACUUGAAAUAAUCAGGUGUCAGCACUUUUGUCAGUAGCUGUGAUUGAUUUCCUCCUUCUUUUCCCAGCGGAGUUUGCCACAUACCUGAACUUCUGUCGCUCCCUGCGUUUUGAUGACAAGCCAGACUACUCAUACCUGCGGCAGCUUUUCAGGAACUUGUUCCACAGACAGGGCUUCUCCUAUGAUUAUGUGUUUGACUGGAACAUGCUCAAGUUUGUGAGUACUCCUCAAAAGUCUGAACCAUUUUUUUCUAUUAAAACAUCAGCAGUCUUAAAGAGCUGCUUUCAUUCAGGCACAAGAGACACGCAGAAAAAUAUUGUUUCCCCUGUAUUUUGUAUUUUAAAUCAGUCUUUUUGGGAUCAAAGAAAUUAUGUUAAUACUUUAUGUAUCUCAUUUGAGUAAUCAUAAUCUGUCGGGGAAUCCUAGAAGGGCUGCUCUUCCCCUAUCCUGUAGCAUCAUGGUGGACAUUUGCUUGUUGGUCGUAAAGUGAGCAGAGGAGGCCUUUCUGAAGGCCUGUUCCUUGACCCUCUUGACCUUAAGAUGACAAAGAUUCCUGCAAAUAGCAGCUGUCCAAUGAGGACUCUGCACUCAGUCAUUUCAACAUGUUAUACUCUCAAAGUCUUUUUCAGUAAUAGACUCUCAGACCUUGAAAACUUAACAUAAACAUAACCUACUCUCCUUUAUUACGACUGCUUCUGUUCUGCUUUUGUUCUGACUGCGGUACCACCGGCCAGCAGGAGUUAAACAUUUGUUUCUUUCAUUCAAAGGGGGCCAACCGUGCGGCAGAAGACGCAGAGAGGGAGCGCAGGGACCGGGAGGACAGGCUGAGGCACGGCAGGAACCCAGGGGCCAGAGGAAUGCCUGCAGCGUCAGGACGACCACGAGGAACGCAAGACGGAGCCCCCCCAACCCCGCUAACACCCACCUCACACACAGGUCAGUUCACUCCGCCUGCCUCAGCUUUUCUGGCUUUAGACUCAAGUUUUGCUCUGAUAAAAUUUUUUUUGAAUAAGUUGAUAUAUAAAGUGUUUGUUUUAUUUUAGGAAUGAUGCAAUCUUGCAGGGUUAUUUUUUUCUUGUGAAGAGAGCAGUUCUUUCGCAAGUAUGGAAAAGUACGGAAAUAAAUUUGAUCAAUUUCCAGGUCUUAAAAAGUAUGGAACAGGAAAAAUAAUGUUUGGAAAAAUAUUUAUGUUUCCAGACUAUUACCAUAGUUCUAAAAUACUGUUUUCUAAAAUAGAAAAGUUGGUAUUUCCAAAAAAGUAGGGUAUGGAAAAGUAUGGAAAUUCCAACUGAGUAGGAACCUUGGGCUGGUCAGAAGUCUACUUUUGAUUUAUCUCUCUAGUGCUUCAUUCCAUCUCCUUUUUUCCACCCAUUUUUGCCUUGCUAAUGCUAACAGUAUUCUUUCUUUUUAUUGGUGACCUCCAGCAAACACGUCUCCCAGACAAGUGUCCGGUAUGGAGCGCGAGCGAAAGGUCAGCAUGCGACUGCACCGCGGUGCUCCCGUCAACGUGUCCUCCUCAGAUCUGACAGGACGGCAGGACACGUCCCGCAUGUCCACCUCACAGGUACAAGGCAACCCUGAGACAAACACACAGCGCUCUCAUUACCAUGUGUCCUAAGCUGUCAGUACGGGCAGAAUGAAGUAUUCUGAAUCAGAUGUAGUAGUCCAUUCAUUUGUAUUAUAUCAUGGGAGCUCUUGCUACACCUCAUAGAAUUGUAAUACACUGGUUUCUGGUUAACGGGGAUUGAUGCUCACGGAGUUUUGUCUGCCAUGUUUAAAAAGAGACUGAUGUGUAGCGCUUCACACAGAGAGAAAUCUAGACACAUGUUUCUUAAACCCCAACAGUCUCUGGGUUUUUGUCAGAGAAAAGUGAAAUGCUACAAAUUGAGCCAGUUUUCUCCAGGUGUGUGGUUGGUUGGUGCAGGAUGUGGGUUCUGACUUGACUUGUUGGGCCUUCUCUCUCCCUUCCCCCAACCUCAGAAUAGCAUUCCGUACGAGCAUCACGCCAAGUAGACGCUCGUCACGUCCUUGUGUGACGGCGGCAACAUCGGGUGAGUCCGUCCCCCUCCCCCCAGCACCAGGGAUGCAUGGGUCUAAACUCCAGUUCCACAUGAGGCUGCCUCAGAGUUCCGUGUUCAGUCCUGGUUCCUAAACGCUUCACUUCCAGCUUAGCUAAAAUUAAUCUCAGACCAGUUCUUGACAUGAACAGGGUACAAAAGCAGGAAACAUGCGCUAGGUGGUUGGAGAUGAGAUCAGCAGCAUGAACAGGUUUGUGUAAAUACCAGGAAUCAGGACUGAACAUGUGGCAGAUGCUCAAUCAUCCGCCAGUGAGCUGGAUAUUUAAUGUAAUAAGACUUCAAGCGGAAUUCCUGCCUUUUUGAACCACGGUCCUCACUUAUAUAUUUUGGGGUCUUAAUGACUAGCCGGCGCGUAAAAGUUUAGGAGUCACUGGAGCAGAUGAUUUCAUCUAAAAGCUGUUGAACAUGCAUUAAUGGCUGCAACAUAAUCUUUUAGGGAAAAGCACCAGGAUUAAAGGAGUCUCAGAUUUCAGUGUCUGAACACCUGACUACGAAAAAGGAUCAGGGCCAAAUGAAGGGAAAAAUACUAAUUACAGGAAGGAGAUAAAAGUCGGCAUUUUGACAUUAAAAAAUCGAGAUUAUGUCAAUGAAGUCGAAUUUUCAACAUUAAAAAAGUUAAAGUUUGAGAUCAAAGUCGAAAUUUCAAGAUUAAAGUUGACAUGAAUAAAGUCAAAAUUUCAACUUUUUAAAAAUUUCAAUUUCAGUCUCGAAAUUUCGACUUUAAUCUCGAAAUGGAAAUUUAUAAAAAAUCUCCCCAUUCAAGGGAUCCAUUCAAUAAAAGAUCUUUUUUCUUAGAUCAGAAUCAGUCUUACAUCAGGUGCUAGACCAGUCAUUGUAACCCUAAACUAAGGGGUUCUACAGAGUAGAUGGAAGAGUGGAGUUUGUUGAUGGACUGACUUGCAGAAUCCUGAAAGUUGCAGGCUCAGAUCAUGCUAAGACAUUAUCAGACAGACAUAAAAAGGAGAUAAAGACGCUGUUCUAUCAGAGUAUCAGUCAUUGCAAUACAAAGCUCUGUAUCUACAGCAGUCCUGACGUCAUCAAGACCCCAAAAUGUAAAAAGACCAGGUCCAAAGGAAACCAGGAACUGCCCUCUAAACUUCAUCAGUCACUGAUGUCAAAUAAGAGUUUACAUUCACAGCCACGAGGCAGCACUUUUACCGGGCUGUGGUGACAUCAUAUCUGCAUUGUACCAGCUUAGGUCUCCCUGUACAGUCAGAAAGUGACUGUUUUUCCGAGCAAGAGGGGAGAGGCCCCGUGAGAACUGGAGUGGAUAAUGCAUCAAAGUGCAUCAGAGCCUAAGAGUGUAACUCCCUCAUUGCCUAUUCAGGGUUGCCCCUUUUAAUCAGCUCUGUGCCUGUGGCUUGUUGCUUGCGCUGUUGGUUUGAUGCCUGAGGCCACAUCGAUCAGAUGGCAGGCCGGCAGCUGUUAGCAGCCAGAGAAAUUUACCUCCCCUCUACCCCACACCCUCCCUCCAGCCUUGCUUGGUGCAGCCCAGUCUUACUUCACCUGCAGAUUUCCGCUUCCCUGAUUUUCCACUUUGAACACCUGCAUGAUAUGAAGCUACUCGUAUGCAAAUCACUGUUGAGCUUUCUCAUGGCUUUGGCUUAAAGCAUGUCAGCAGUCUUUCAGAGAGGGUAAAGAUACAAAUCAGAUAUAAAACAUUUGAUUUCUUGUCUUCCUACUAAAUUCUUGCUGUGCGACACAAGCAGACUUCUUUGUAUUUGCAUGUUAGAACUUUGUUUCUUUAAGAGUAGAAACCAGAAAAAGAAAACUUCUAAAAAAAAAAAAAACUCAAGUUGAGAUAAAUAAACACAAUUAUCCUUAUUCUGUUUUUUUUUUCUUCCUGCCAUUAAUCACAGAUAUCUGUAUGAACUGAACUGGUCUGGUCUGGAAGCCUAAAGAAGAAAAAGAUGAUUGAUUACCCCAAACAUGUAUUAAAAAAUGAAUUCUUAUGAACUGAAGUCAUCAAUCUUCUUGAUUUUUCACAUAAUUGUCAUAAAAUCAUGGGUACAUCAGACCAGCUUGUGUUUUUUAGAUCCUAGCAUCUUCCUUCAGGGAGAAAAUAUCAUAGGUGGGUUAACAAAGAUGUUGACUUUGAUAAUAACUGGUAAUCUGCAAUGGAAGGAGUCCCCAGGAUCCAAAUCAAGUAAAAGCUUCCAAAGACAUAAUAUUGAUAAGUCAGUGGUUCUCAAGUCCAGUCCUCAUGCCCCCACUGUCCUGCAUGUUUUGGAUGUUUCCCUGCUCCAACACACCUGAUUCAAAACAUGCAGGACAGUGGGGGCAUGAGGACUGGACUUGAGAACCACUGUGAUAAAUCAUCCACAGAUGACCUCAAAUCUUUAAAGGUUGUAUUCUUUUGCCCAUGUUGACUAUAAUCUGUUUCUACAUGUGAAAGCAGGGUUUUAAAUCCCUCUUCCCUCUCAGGUAAAUGAACUCAGCAGAGAUACUUCUAGUGAUGGGAGUACAGGCUCGUCUUUGUGAUCCGCAUCCUUUGACAGAGCUUCUCCAUAGUGUGGUGUUUAUACAGGAGUCAAGUAGUCUCAGACCAACACGUUAGGAUCACUAACCAGCUCGGCACUGAAGUCAGGGAAUGCCAAAGUCAGGGUGUUUAGGAAAACUUCAUGAAUCAGAAGUUGAAGGUUUUUUUUCUUAUAAAUGCGAGGAGUUGGUUUCUCAGUAAUGUGAUUAAUCAUUAAUUACAUAAGUUGAUGUUAGCUUUAGCUCACUAGCUGACUAACAUCCAGUUAAAUUCCCCAUGUGGAAGUUUUGGUUUGUAAUGCGUUUGGUGCCCCCUGUAGACAAAAUGAUACUUCUCAUGUUCUGCUUUCUUUGAACAGUCAGAUGUAUCACUCUGUAUUUCUUUGCUGCGUGAUCAAAUUUUGAAUGCUGUUACCUGUUUAAGGGACUGGGAUAUUGAAAGUGUCAGGCUUGAUGCUAAUGUUCUUGUUACCUUUGUAGGUAGAGGCAUCACAAAAACUUUAAGUGUGUCUCAUAACCACUUAAAUAUCCCUCACAGGAGUAGAGCAGGUGCUCACAGGUCACAGGCCGAACCGCACUGGUCCUAGAAUCAAUCCCCAAUCCCUGCAUGAUUUGAUGCUUGUCUUUUCCUCCUCUUUUCCUUCUUCUCCCUUUCCACAUCUCCUGUCUCUCUCAAGCUGUCCUUUCAAAAUAAAAGCCAAAAUCACCCCCACCCCAUCUGAACAUAAAACAUUCAGGCUGAUCAGAGAAUUUCAUCAAAAUAUUAGACUGUAACAAAACAAUAUAUGGUAUUUUUACAUUAUACCUAAGAGUUAGAGCCUUUGAAAAAGGAUCCAUUCUCAUAUUUUCAACCUGAAGCUGCCACAAGGGUAUGAAAGUGAGAGAGAGUGAGCAGCCAUGGUCAAAAACUGACAAAAGAAGAAGUUUUCUGAGAGUUAUACAGCAGUUAUGGGUUUAUAAAUCCAUCCACUCUCCCACACAAAUGUGCAGGAAGGUCCUUGAUUUGAUUUGUUUGUGACUGAAGUUGUGGGUCAACAGUGGGUCAAAUGAUGGUCAGUAUUCAGUCAAGUUUGUCUGAACCAUCACCAGGAGUUCAUUUUUGCUGCCAUGGUACUAAAUCGGUGGUAAAUGAAGCAGUUUGAGCUGAAUUUAACUUUAUGUGUGAGCUAUAAUCUAAAGUGGAUGAAAUGAGAGGCUCUGUGUACAUGUUUAUGUACCCAGCAGUCAGAAAAGCAGAUAUGGACACAUAAAUGUAACAAUGAAGUGUGUGUUUUUGACCCUUCGGCUUCUUGUGUUUCCUGUAGAUGGUGUCCGGUGUACCACCUGCUGGUCUCCAUCUUCUAGCUCCUCGAUGAGCCCCCACAAUGCAACAGGGCGGACAAAGGCCUGAAGCAAUCUGACAUACUAAUACUACCACCACCACAGCUGUCAUUGGAAGCCGGCUACAGACGCGGCACAAACUGCUCUCUGACUUCCUCCCUUCUCUGUCUCUCUCUCUCUCCCUCUCCCUCUCUCUCUGUCUCCUCCUGUUUCUGUGUGUCGGUCUGACCUCCCAAAACACUGAAGGAUGUCGGACCUCAGAGCUGUUCUCUGUCCACUUUUUCAGGACACACUUGCACAACCCCUUCACACGCUUUUGUCCAGGACGAACAUGGCGGCCUGAUGGUCUUUUCAAGAACAAUAACUGACUGAUGAAAAAACGUGACAGGCUCCUCCUCCUCUGCCCUUUUUGGGAAACUUUAUGAUCCAACAUUUCCACAAUUGUUGUCGGCUACAAACGACUUUACUUUCUAUUUUUCUUUAUUUUUUUUCCCUUUUUUUUUUUGCAGUCGUGUAACCAGCAGCUCUUCAUUGUGUAUAUACGUGUAAGUUAGUCUUGGAAGUGUGAUGCUUUUCAUUUGUAUUUGCAGUUUUCAUUCCCUCCUCCUCCCACAGUACCAGCCACUCUUCCUUUUUUCUCUUCUUCUUUUUGUUGUAUUUUUUUUUUUUUUUAUAGCCACCACUCAUGGCUCGUGUCAGUAACCCUGUAGCCAUUUGUAUUAAAUAAAGAAAAGUACUUCUUUGCAUGUUUAAGAAAUGAGCCUUCAGAGUCAGACGUGGAGGCUUUCGGCCAGAUCGAACCCUUGAGCGCACCAAACGUGCGCUUUGUUAUUGGGGUGCAGAAAGAUUGCAUAUUCGCUCGUAAGUCGACGAAAUGUUCUGUCUGUGCAGCUCCAGAUGUGCUCUGGUGUCCUGUCUACUGAGCCCUGCCCCCUUUUUUAGUGUUCGGUACAAGAGAAGUGCACUUUAUGAGGGGGUGAGGGGUCAUGCGACUCAUUUGAGCAGAUUUCCAUUUCACCGUGUACAGAUAAAACAUUCAGAUUUUUCUUACUGCUAUUAUUUGGAAGCUGUGAAUUAACUUGUAAUAUUGACGUGUUAAUGUUUUCUCAUAUUUUUUUGUUGAAUUGACCUGUAGGGAUGAAGUCUGAGCUUUGACCAGACACCUAGCUGCUGCAGGUCUGGGUCGCGCCCCCCUCUUUGUGUAUUUGUCUCCCAUUAGUCCUCAGAGCUGUGCAGACUUAACAGGCAGCAGAGAUGUUGCACUGAAUGUGAGAAAUUUUGUACAACAUGCUGUCCUGUAACAGCUCCUGCUCUCUGUGUGAGAGGUUUGGUGUUUCUGUACCAACAGAAAAUCUUUUUUUUUUUUUUUUUUUUUUUUUUUUGUUGGUAAUUCUGGAGAAGUCGACCCUCAAACCCCCCUGGGCUUUAUCAGCAGUAUCUUUUAUGGGGUUUUUAUAUCUGACUCAACUCGUCUGACGCUACUACUAACCCCCCAUUCCUGCAGCCCUAAUGUAAUUCAUUCUUGCUGCUGCUCAUACUCUAAAUAGUUUUUGAUUUUGACCUUUGACCUCUUUGGUCAGACACUCUACACCUAUUGAAUUAUAUAAGCAACCAGAUCAGCAAGAUUUACUUUCUCACAUUUAUAUUUGCCACUGUAUUUGUGUACUUAAAGUGUAAAUAAAUGAAUUACUUGUA